UUCUUCUCUCCCUCCCUCCCCCUCUCGACACACUCUGAGCCCCGCCCUGCGUCCUGAUGUGGAGCACCCUCCUCUCCUCAGUGUCACUCCAGGGCAAACACAGGAGACCCGCAGCCCAGAGGAGUGCACAGCAAAGGCGGAGACACUCUCUCCCCACCCAAGGCCCAGAGCCCCAGCGCCGACAGAGCAGCGCCAGCCUGCUCGAUUCCCCGUUUGCCAGCUCAGAAGUGCUCUGCAAGCAGCCUUCGAGCCCCGUCGAGAUGCCCUUCGGAGGAGGCAACAAGUGUGGCUGCUGCCAGAAGACGGUCUACUUCGCCGAAGAAGUGCAGUGCGAGGGCAAGAGCUUCCACAAGUCCUGCUUCCUCUGCAUGACUUGUAAGAAGAACCUGGACAGUACGACAGUCGCAGUCCAUGUUGAUGAAAUCUACUGCAAGUCCUGCUACGGCAAGAAGUAUGGGCCAAAAGGCUAUGGAUACGGUGGGGGAGCCGGAACUUUGAGCAUGGACACAGGCGAUGCACUGGGAAUUAAACCUGACCAACAGGCACCUCACCGGCCCACUAAUAACCCCAACCCAUCCAAGUUUGCCCAGAAGACGGGUGGCUCUGACGUGUGCCCCCGCUGCUGCACCGCGGUCUACGCUGCGGAGAAAGUGAUCGGGGGCGGAAACUCCUGGCACAAGAGCUGCUUCCGCUGUGCCAAAUGUGGGAAGGGAUUGGAGUCGACCACUCUGGCGGACAAGGAUGGAGAAAUCUACUGCAAAGGGUGUUACGCCAAGAAUUUUGGCCCCAAAGGCUUCGGAUUUGGACAAGGGGCUGGGGCACUGGCUCAUUCCCAGUAGACACCGUGUUCAUGGACGACCAAAGAAGCCACCUCCUGCCCCGGCUCGCUACUGCCCCCUUAUGGCUUCUUAGGUCACACCUAUCAUCCUUCUGCACUACACAAUAUCACACUAGCUAAAGGCACAAAAGCUCUGAAUUUACCAGCUUUUGUUUUCAGUUUUGGGCACUAAAGAGGCUGCAGAGGAACAUCUCCAGUGUUGAAAUAUAACUGUUCAUUGCUUAGUUGUUGAUUUUUGUCAUCAGAAUUAACCAAGGGGCCUGAAAUGCUCCAGAAUGCGGCCUAUUCUGGAGGAGGCAUCGAUAUUAACAUUUCAGGCUUCAUUUAAGGCCAAACCACUCUAAUAGACCUACACUGAAAAAAUAAAAUGCUGGAAAUGUUGGAUCAGCUUAAAAUAUUUCAAGUAACUGAUCACACAAAAUAUUUGAAGUUGCCUCAAUGUAAAUAAUAUAUUCCGUUUAUCCUGGAAAAAAAUCAGUUCAACCAUAAACAUAAAUUAGAAAGUUACAUUUAAAAGAACAAACUAAUCAUUUUAAACUGUUGGAAUGAGAUGAAACAUAAUGAAUGAACAACAGCUUUGUUUUA